AUGGAGCUCGCGGAGGCCGCCAGGGACGAGGCCGCCUUCGCCAUGCGCGUGCUCCGCCACCUCGCCUGCGGCGGCGGCGGCGGCAAGGCGGGCGCCAACCUCGCCGUCUCCCCUCUCUCCAUCCACGCCGCGCUGGCGCUGCUCGGCGCGGGCGCCCGCGGCGCCACGCUCGACCAGAUCGUCGCCUUCCUCGGCCCCGCCGGCGGCUCCGCGCACGCCGCGCUCGCGUCCCACGUCGCGCUGCGCCUCCUCUCCGACAGCCCCAGCGACGACGGCGGGCCCAGCGUGCGGUUCGCCAACGGCGUGUGGGUCGACGCCGCCAUGGGCCUCAAGGUCGACUACGCCGCCGUCGUCUCCCAGCACUACCGCGCCCAGGCGCUCCCGGCGUCCUUCAAGGACAUGCCAGAGGAGGCGAGAACCCAGAUCAACCGGUGGUUCGAGAGCGUGACGGCGGGCCGGAUCAAGGACCUCCUGCCCCAGGGCUCCGUCAACGGCGCGACGCUGGCCGUCCUCGGGAAUGCGCUCUACUUCAAGGGCGCCUGGUGCCGCAAGUUCGACCCCCGGCUCACACUCGACGACGCCUUCUACCUCCCCGCCGGCGGCAGCGUCCGCGCGCUCUUCAUGUCGAGCAGAGACCGCCAGCAGCACAUCGCCUGCCGCUUCGGCUACAAGGUGCUGAAGCUGCCGUACGCGCGCGGCCGCGAGCGCCGGCACUUCUCCAUGUACAUCUACCUCCCCGACGAGCGCGACGGCCUGCAGAGCCUGCUGCACAGGCUGGGGUCCGACCCGGCGCUGCUGGAGAGCUCGACGACGCUGAUGGCCCAGGUCCCCGUCGGCGCCUUCAAGGUGCCCAAGUUCACCAUAUCGUGCAAGACGAACGCGACCGAGCUGCUGCAGGACCUCGGCCUGCGCCUGCCGUUCGCGCCCCUCGCCGCCGACUUCUCGGAGAUGCUGGAUUCGGCGGCGCCGCUCGUUGUGUCGGCCGUCUUCCAUCAGUCCUUCGUCGAGGUGAACGAGGAAGGGACGGAGGCGGCCGCGGCGACAGCCGUUGUUGCGUCCUUUGGCGCCGCAGCGGUGAGGACGCCGGUUCAGGUCGUGGACUUCGUGGCCGACCACCCGUUCAUGUUCUUGAUCAAGGAGGAGCUCAGCGGCGUCGUGGUUUUCGCCGGCCAAGUGAUCGAUCCGUUGGUUCCAUGA